AUGACACCAGCAGACGUAUCUCACCACACUAGAAAUAUCGGAGUCAAAGCACCAUGGGGUUGCCAGGUGGAAACCACGUUGAAUAUCACAGGUCCGAAAAGCAUAGCUUUCAGCAACAUCACACGGCACAAGACGGACCCAGCUAUCUGUAAGUGUCGUCGAAAUCCAAAUAAAGAGUUGGAACUCGCUGAAGAAGAAAAGGUCGCACGUCACGUGCAUACUCUUUGGGUUACCGGGAAGUGCGAUGCCCUAGAAAUGGCGCAUGUUUUUGCUAAAUUGAAACUCGGGUUACCCGUCCGAGAGGAGUUUGAUCUUCAUUGGAACGAAGAAACCAAAACCUGGGGGAAUAACAACCCACAGAGAGCGAAAGAUCCGGCAGUUACUAGUGCGUUCAACUCGUCCGUGGCAAUAUUUGAUUCUACUAAUUAG